AUGCCUUCGAUAGCAUCAAGGCCGAUGGAAAAUAGAGUGCGAGACUCCUUACCGAUUAAAGUUGAUGGCGUGGAUGAACUCAAGCAGCCCUCUAUAUCAACACCGCCUCAAGAUGGAGUUAUCAACAAUAAAGAGGAAACAGCUGCAUCCCGCCUAGUCACCACGAGCCAACGCGAUGAAGAACUUCCUCAAGCGAAAGCUCUCGAGGCGAACUUGGACCCAAUCAGUCAGGAGGCAGAACCUACUGCUACGAUUGAUGACCGAACUAUUGUCCGUCCCCCACUGGAAUCUGGCAAUCGUUCAAAACCUGCGAAAGUUCCAGUAGUCCAAGCAAACCGCCUUUCAAUCGCAGAUGCUCCACCUCCAGUGCAAGCGCGGCAAGCAGUCCAGCAGACACGAAGUAGUCAACAAGUGCAACCUGGCGAGGAAUUUGUUGUAGUCCGAGAGUCCACUCAUCACUCUGGACUUUGGAAUAUGUUAGAGAAGGCUGUCCCGAUCUUGAAACGCAGUAAAACCUUCUAUCGAGCGCGCAAUCUUAAUGUAGAUCCCAACGACAAAGAGACGUUUAAUACAUUACAGGUGGUGGUCAAACACAUGCUCGAUUAUACAAGCGGCAAGGUUUCCGACGAGAGUCUGGAAUUCAUGAUGGGAGGUGUUGCUGGCGAUCCCAUCCAGCCAACAGUGGUCAUCAGAUGCGGAAGUCGGAGUCGCAAAAAAAAGCUUACUAGAAAGUUAAAACUGCGCACUGAUCUUCCCAGCCGUUUCAAGUUUAAGAUACUGAUAGACCCUCCUGUCUUGGGAUCCCUGGGCGUUGGAGCUUCAUCUACCUCGGCAGAAGAAGCACACAGUCUUGUCGAAUUCAGAGUCUUAAGAGUUAGCGAAUGGAGACUUGAGAGCAGAGUUUUUACAACUACUCAGUGGCUUGGAUGGGCAGGACUUUGCGGACAGGUGGGCAGAGCGAAGUAUGGCCGCUGGAUUGAGAAGAAUUCAACCCCAAUCUAUGAAUUCAGCGGCAAGAAUUCCGGGCUAUUUACAAUUGGAGGAGUGCUUUUGGUUCGCAAUAAACUGUACGCUUUAACAACGGCGCAUGCUUUUGUUGCAAAGAAGUCUCUUAAAAAGGCAAAAGGUGCCAGUCAAAAGGGAGAGGGGAAGUCGGAGAAGAAUGAGCCUGCUGAACUUGUCAAUCCACUCAGAAAAAACACAGAAAUCUGGACCACAGGAUUUGCCCCCCUUGGCAGUGUGACAUUAUAUGAGUGGACUGAAAAUGCUGUGAGUGAGAAGCGUACGCAGCCUCUGGCUUUAGGUGAUGAUGCCGAAGCUUCCAAAGACGCAGUUUCUAGCUCGGGCAUGGAUCGGGCUCUGGUAGAGCUCUUAUCAUCAGACGACCUUCUGAAGCGGAAUUUUUUCAACGUUAUCCAACAAGAACUACCAAUAACUGCAAGCAAUGCACCGGUAAACGACGACAGACAGCCCAUCGCUAUUCAAGACUAUAUGAAAAUUGAGCAUUUCGAGGCGCGAGAAGUCGUGGUCUGCGCAGGCGUUAGUGGCCGGGUAACUGGUGUUUUAGACACCGUUCCUACAGUGGUGAUAAUAGGACAAACUGAUUUUAGUGUAAGGUCUAUUAUCGAUUUGAAAAAGCCGCUAGGUGAGCACCUGUAA